GGAUUUCAGUUUAGCGCCAACACCUUUAUCCGACGAGGAUUACGGUGGACACACGCGCCUCUGGCUGCGCUUAACUCCCUCUCCUGGGCUCCUGCGUAGAUAUGGAUAGUGCUGGAAGCAGCCACUAUCCCCUUGAAGCCCCAGAGGACAAUGAUCUUCCCAUGGAGAAGUACUUCAUGGACAAGCAACCUGUGAGUGAGUUACCCUCUGACCAGGCAACUGCUGAUAUGCUGUAUAGCCCCACCCUCUGUCUGGAAAGGAAGUGCAAAGUCUCAGGUGACCGCAAGCCCACUGACAUCACUAUGGAAGACCUGCUAGAGGACCCUCUGCUGAAAACCAAGCGAAAACAGGUCCCCAAAGAUGACUGUCCUGAGAGGGAAAUGACAAACAAUUCCUCUAACCACUUAGAAGAACCAUGUUAUAGUAAGCUGACCAACGUGAAUGUGUGCAUUGAAUUAACAGGGCUUCAUCCAAAAAAACAAUGCCACUUGCUGCAACUUAGAGAACAGUGGGAGCAGCAGGUGUCAGAGAACAAACCUGGCUGGCAUGGGAGGAAGGAAGUGACCCAGGCAAUUCAGCCUAGGGCUGUUACCCAGGUCAAUAACAUCUCUGAAGAAAAACACUGCAGGAAAGGAACAGAUGCUAGAGGCAACAGAAGGUGGUUGGAAGAGUCCCUCAAAUCCAGUGACAAUAAACAAGGCUGUUCUGUAUUUUCUGGGUCUCUGCCCAUGCAGAGCCGUUCAUCCACCAAUGCAAACAGCAAAAAUCAGACUCACCAAAGCUGCACCCCAGCCUUGUGCUUACGUUCCAAAUGGCAGAACAUUAAAGAAACCCAGAAGACAGAUGUGCUGUGCACAGACAGAGAGGAUUACCAGGCUGCCUCCCUGCUGCAGAAAUAUACCAGCAACAAUAGUGAGAAACCAUCUGGAAAGAGAAUGUGCAAAACCAAGCACUUGAUCCCUCAGAAGCCGGGGCAGGGUUUAUCACUGACAGGGAACUACUAUGUGGAGAAUGCUAAUGGCAAGGGGACCAUCCUGAGGUUCAGAAAGCAGCUGGAGCCCAGUUCCCACUAUGAUCUGUCACCAGCCAAGCAGGACCGAAAGACCUUCAACCAUUUGCAACAGUUGCUGCCAGCUUCUGAGUCCUUGCAGCUGUCACAUUCAGGCUCCCCUUCAGAGACCUCCCCUUUGCCCCUUAUUCCACCUAUGCCACCGGAAGCACGGAGACUUAUUGUCAAUAAGGGUGCUGGAGAGACUCUCCUGCAGAGGGCCGCCUGGCUGGGCUAUGAGGAAUUAGUCUUGUACUGCCUGGAAAACAAGAUUUGCGACGUGAAUCAUCAAGACAAUGCAGGUUACUGUGCCCUGCAUGAAGCUUGUGCAAGAGGAUGGCUCCGCAUUGUUCAAUACCUUGUUGAAUAUGGUGCUGAUGUCAACUGCAGUGCCCAGGAUGGAACCAGACCUCUCCAUGAUGCAGUUGAGAAUGAUUACUUGGAAAUAGUCCGCUUGCUUCUCUCCUGUGGUGCUGAUCCCACUUUGGCUACCUAUUCAGGUAGAACUGUAAUGAAAAUGACUCACAGCAAACUUAUGGAACUUUUUCUGGCAGAUUAUUUAAAUGACCUACGGGGUCACAGUGAUGAUGAGUUUAAUGGCCCUUGGGAGUUCUAUGGAAGCUCUGUCUGUGAACCAGAUAAUAAAGCUGAGUAUAAUAUUUUGGCAAAUCCUCCAGGAUCGGAAGACCAGGAUAAUGAAGAUAAGGCUUAUAGUGAUGUGUUUGAAUUUGAAUUUUCAGAUAGUCCCCUCUUACCAUGUUAUAACAUCCAAGUGUCUGUUUCUCAGUGGCCAAGAAACUGGUUAUUGCUUUCAGAUGUGCUUGAAAAAUUGAAAAUAUCAUCCUGCAUAUUCCGCUGCAAUUUUCCAAAUAUGGAAAUUGUCACAAUUGCAGAGGCAGAAUUUUACAGGCAAGUUUCAGCAAACUUAUUGUUCUCUUGCUCCAAAGACCUGGAAGCCUUCAAUCCUGAAAGCAAGGCACUGUUAGAUUUGGUUGAAUUCACAAAUGAACUUCAGACUCUGCUUGGCUCCUCUGUUGAAUGGUUAAAUCCCAGCAGUGUGUCCUGGGAGAAAGAUCACUAG